AUAAUUUGCUAUUGGUGUUCAGACUUUGGUGUUUCGAGUCCCGUUCCUGGGCCUGGCCUGAGCCCGGCCAUGAGGAAUGCCUCCGUGGUGACCGAGUUCAUCCUGCUGGGCAUCCCGCACACAGAGGACCUGGAGGCCGUGCUCUUUGUCCUGUUCUUGACCUUCUAUGUGUUCACUCUCGUGGGAAACCUGCUCAUCCUGCUGGCCAUCGCCUCCUCCGCUCGGCUGCACACCCCCAUGUAUUUCUUCCUGUGCGAGCUGUCUGUGUGUGACAUCUUUUUCCCUUCUGUGAGCUCCCCCAAGAUGCUCUUCUACCUCUCAGGGCACAGCCGGGCCAUCUCCUACGCAGGCUGCGUGUCCCAGCUCUUCUUUUACCACUUCCUGGGCUGCACCGAGUGCUUUCUGUACACGGUGAUGGCCUACGACCGCUUCGUGGCCAUCUGCCACCCUCUGCGCUACCAGGUCAUCAUGAGCCACAGGGCGUGUGCCCUCCUGGCCUCGGGGACCUCCUUUUUUGGCUGCAUCCAGGCCACCUUCCUAACCACGCUCACCUUCCAGUUACCCUACUGCGGCCCCAACGAGGUGGACUACUUCUUCUGUGACAUCCCCGUGAUGCUGAAGCUGGCCUGUGCGGACACCGCCGCCCUGGAGGUGGUGGGCUUCGUCAGCGUGGGCCUCAUGCCCCUCAGCUGCUUCCUCCUCAUCCUCACCUCCUACAGCCGCAUCGUCUACUCCAUCCUGCACAUCCGCUCCUCCGAGGGCCAACGCCAUGCCUUCUCCACCUGCAGCGCCCACCUCACUGCCAUCCUACUCUUCUACAUGCCGGUGGUCCUCAUCUACUUAAGGCCCACGCCAAGCCCCUGGCUGGAUGCAAUGGUUCAGGUCCUGAAUAACCUGGUAACCCCCAUGCUGAACCCUUUGAUCUACAGCCUCAGGAACAAGGAGGUAAAAUCGUCUCUGAAGAAAGUCCUCCAUCAACUGGGCUUCCUCCCUGAGCAGUUGUAGUGGAAGGACAGUAGCCAACAAUGGAAGUGCCCUUGUAACCUAUAAACUGCUUUUAUAUGCUUCUCACCAAUAUUUUUUUAAAUGGGAAAAUGCAUCUAUUAUGAUUGCCUCCAUUUUCCAAUGUGGGGGUCUAGGAUUCAAAGAGUUCAAGUGGGUUGUCAAAGCAUAUGUAAGGGGUGAUGGCAGAAUGAAGUCCUAAGGGCUGGUUUUCUGAGUCUGGGGCCUGUGUUUCUCAAAGACUCAUAUUGCUGAUGAGGUAGAAAGGAGCCUGCCACUGUAGCCAGAGUAACCUUCUCCUUCUGCUUCUCUUUUAUCUUCUUCAUUCACCUACACCCCUUUGUCCUCUUCUUUGUCCCCCUCACCCUGACACUCUAUGUUGGCUGCCUUGAUUGUCUCCUCCAAUGCCUGAACUGAAUAAACCCUCAUUUCAUCGGUCUGGAUAUUGUUGAAAGAAGUGGAGUUGUGUAAAGAGAAUGACUUCCUGCAGGGACCUAAGGCAGGUUUCUUCUGAGUGAAGCCAACGUACCGGUGACCUGCUGUCACCUAGAAAUUCUAUCUGUUGGGUUUUGACCUGGAAGCAGGCCCUGGCUGUAUCAAGUUUAUUUACAUGUAGAAGGUCAGCAUGUCAAUGAGCAUGUGGGAAGGGCAGGUGGGGAAAUUUGUGGAGCAGUGACCGUGGUCUGAUGCCACAUUAGAAAAUGUGGGCUUGGCUUUGCAUUUGUCAAUACAACCAGGGGGCCAUUUCUGGGUUCAAAAUGUCUUUGGAUUAUGUUUCAUAGAAAAGGUGUGACCUUGUUUCCCAUUCCUCUCUCUCUCUCUCUCUCUCUCUCUCUCUUUCUUCUCUCUCUCUUUUGGUUAAUAUACACUAAG